AUGCCACCAAGGCCAACUCAGGUCGAAGAAACACCACAUCCCGAAGACGACAGUGCACUCAUGGAGACUGGGACUGACGAGAGUGAGGUCGGAGGGGGGUUGCCUGAAUUCUCUACUCUACAAGGGAAAUCUGGUAUUAUCUAUGACCUUACUAAACUGGAUCCCGAGGCUGAAGCGAGAGCCCUUGUGGGUUUGACGAGUCAGUUUGAUGUGAUCGGCUGCCGGCGAACCAAGACAGGCUUCGAUUUCCAGUUCUCAGAGCGGCCGCGAGUUCAUAUCGGCUCGGGCGGUUAUACGUGCACCUGCUCGACGUUCAUGGGUCUGCCGGGCAUUGCCUGUCCACACGUUUUCGUGAGUUCUGGCACAAUCCAUCGCAUUCGUCAAUCUCUGCUAACCUACGAGAAGUGGCUUGUCGACCAGCUUCAUGGCUGUCUUAUUCCCCAAAUCCCCAAUUAUGAUGUACCGUUAUCGAGUGAUGGCCACCCUCCAGUCUUUACCCGCAUUGAACGACUCCUUGAUGGCAAACUCGAAACAGUAGCGGAGCAAUUGAGCUGGCAAUAUGUCCGUUCAGAAGUGGAGGGUGGCAUGAGCCGUCCACAGAAGGUGCGAGACCUUAUGUCUGCCUUCGAUACAGCCACACUCCCCGAAGAUUUCCGUCUCGACCUUAUAGAUGACGUUGGCCAAUCUCGCACUCCAGAACAGUGUGUGGUGCAAGGAGACUUCGAGGCGACCAUGUUUCGGCUUGCGGUACACGAUGACACAGUUUAUUUUAGCCUAUGCAAAGCCAUGCCACCCGGUGCCUGUGCAGCGAUUUAUUUCGAUAAAGUACAAGAAAAGUCACGGAAAUUGUUGGCAGAUUUCGAUCGCUACUGCCAAACGGGCCGGCGUUCGGAAGGAUCCAAUGUGGACAUCAACAACGUGAUCGGAGAUCUGCAGCAUAAUGUCAAUCGCAUUCAAGCGAACAUCGUUAUGCGAGCGCCUCACGGUGUUGAAGGAGCCGCUAAAGCCCUAGUGACACUAUUGGAGGACAUAUGCAACCGUAAUAAGGACGCGCUCGAUGGCAACUUGUGGGGUGGCGUGACCUUCCAUGGGGAGGACGAGGAUCAACGUAACUUAUACCACCAGCUUAUCGGAAAGGCGGAGGAAACAGGAGAGUGUUUCAUCUUGGAUGCCCUCGAGCAGUUAGCAGGCUCUGAUCUUCAUCAAUUCAAGGAGAGACUUCGAGCAAUUCUUCAGAAAAAUGAAGUGAAUCGCGCCCCGAAGGCAUACAUACUGAAGUUGAAUGGGCUGGUUCGUCGAGCUGAAUCCAAUUCUGCUGGCUCGGGACAAAAGCGACCAGCUACGGCUAGUUCUGGGGGGCAUGGGCAGAGCAAGAGAACUCGCUAA